AUAUCGUUCCAGGCCAAAGGUGUUUUAUAUAAUUAACAGACCGGCAUUCUGCGUGCAGGUCCGCAUGGCAGCCGCGUGGCCGGUUCCCUGCCCUGUGCGCGUGGGCACCGUCAGAGACGGAGGCAUGGCCGCGCGCCUGCACCAGCACACGCUGGACAGGAAUCUGCGCAAGAUGGAGAAGCUGCUCAAGAAAGGGGUGAACGUCGACUGUGUCAAUCACCUUGGCCAGACGGCCCUGUUCUGUGCUUCUCUCCUGGGUCUGACCGGAGCUACAGAGCUGCUCCUGCAGUACGGCGCCGACCCAAACCACCGCUGCGCAGACAUGAGCACCCCCGUGCAUGCGGCUGCGUUCUCCUGCAACCCCGGGCUACUGGCGGCGCUGCUGGACGCCGGUGGCGACCUAAGACUUCACGACCACGAGGGUCGGCUCCCCCAGGAUUGGGCGGAGGCCGGCGCACAGGAGCACAGUCCCAGGAUGCUAAGCUUCCUGAGGAGCUGCGUGUCGCACAUGAACAGCCUUUUGCAGCCGGUCCAGCCCCAAGCCCUGCAGCCAACGGGCUGCCACUCCUGCAAGUCUCUCUUGCACUCCCCCUCCUUCCUGAACCUCCUAAGACCCAGCGGUUCAGACCUUCACACAAGCUCCAAGGCGACCACCUCCGACGCUGUCCAGUGUUAUGGCUUCGGGAAGUUGUGGUUGGACCGGCCACAGAAGCUUCUAGGCUUGCUGGCCUGCAUUCCCCUGAUCUCCGACGGCGACCUUGGGCAGGCGGAGGAUGAACCUUCUCUCUCAUACUCCUGCAGUUCAUUCAUUAAUAUGAUCAAUUCCAGCUGGAAAGGCUGCCGCGUGACAGUGAAGGAGCUGAAGACCCGCCUGGUGUCACAGUGCGCCGGUCAAGAUGGCUACCAGGACCAGCUGAUCGCGGAGCAGGCGUACUGCUGCCGGCUGUCCCACCCGCACCUUCUGCAGCUGCUGGCCGUCAGUAAGUCCGCUGACCUGCUUGGCGUCCGGCUGGUGUUCGAGAGGGUACACGUGGGGUCCCUCCACAGCCUCCUGCACCAGAGGCGGGCUGAAGUUCCUGUGCUCCAGACGGGAGCGCUGCUCACCAUCGUGCUGCACGUAUGCGAGGCCCUCCUGUUCCUGCAUGGCCGGGGGCUGGUCCUGAGGGCCCUGUCUUCCCACAGCGUGCAGAUCGUCCACCCCGCGGUGGCCAAAGUCACUGGGCUUAGCUUCAUGGUGCCCAGCGACGAGGGCCGUGGCUCUCACGGCGGCACCCACCCACCCCUCCCCCCUGAGCUGUACAACUGGGCCGCUCCGGAGGUCAUCAGGUUGAGGUCCUGCACUGGCAAGGCUGACCUGUACAGUGCCUGCACUCUCAUUCAGGAGUUCUACACAGAUGCGGUGCCGUGGGGUCCCGUGGACCCCUCCUGGAUCCAGCAGGCGGUGGAUUCCGGCGAGUCCCUGGCCAUCCACCCCGCUGUGCCUCAACCCUAUUACAGCCUGGUUAGCACCUGCCUGCAGGCCCAGGCACAGGAUCGAACCAACAGCCUGCAAGACCUCCGCUACCUUCUCUGCCGCGACAUCCGGGAGCCGUCUCGGAGCUCGUGGAGGGAAAGUGGCCUGUAUCCGGAACCGGCAGGCCUGAGUUUACCGGGCUGGGGACUGGAGUUUGCAGAGGACCGGCCUCACCGCCGCACUGUGAGCAAGGAGUCGGAGCAGGUGCCGCAGAUGGGACUGGCCGACAACUUGCUGGACAGAGAAAUGCAGAACCAGCUCUGGCAGAUGGACCAUCUCCUGGACAGGGAGGGAGGGGGAGUGAAGAAUCAGUUGCCAGGGAUGGACCUGAGGGGAGAGACGGCGGAGGGGCAACACAUCUCCUACCGUCACCCGGAUCCGGGCAUCCUGGACGAGGCUGGUUCAGUGGACGACUCGGCGAAGAGGGAGCAGAUCUCCAGGCACAUGGGAGCCAUCGUGCUGAACCUGAAGGUGUCCCAGGCGCUGAUGCAGCAGUCUGAGGCCAGUCUGCUGGCCGUGGAGAUGCGUGAGGGAGGUGCGACUUCCAGCAGCUCCUGGGACGCGCGUGGGUUCGAUGAGGUGGAUGGCCCGUGCCCAGACCAGGUCGCCAGAGGUGGGGGUGUUUUUGGUAGGGCUGUGGGGCCUCCCCUGUGUUAUCACCCGCCACUUUGUGAUGUCCUGGAAGAGGACGAGUGGGACCACAAGGUGCAAGACCCUAGCUGUGGGAAUGAGGAGCCCACGUGUUACUUUUCGGCGGAGGAGGACGUGUAUGCUGAUGUACUUCAGGUGAGCGCAAACUCCAGAGGAGGUCAGAGGGUAGGAGGUGGUCUGCAGCGAGCUGGGACACGGGGACGUGAGGACAGUUUGUGGACAGUUCUUCUGGGCUGGGAUUCCCUCCUCUGCAGGAAGUCUGCGUUUCCCGGAGCGACGGAUUCAGGGAGGCCCAGAGAGUCCAGCGGCCAGGCCGAGUGGAAGACCGAGGUCUCGGCGGCGGUGGCCCGGAUGACGCGGGGACGCUUGGCUGGUCCCAGGAGUUUCGAGGGCAGGGGGACAGAGGAGCUCCUCUGGAGUCAUGACUCCCAUAGACCUGGGACAGAGAACAGUGACCCGGAGACCCUCCUCAACAGCUUUGCAGGCCUCCAGAGCGAGAGUGAGGAGGAGAGAGACCUCCUCGCUGUCACCGGAAUGUUCCAGGCCCCACUACUGGGUGCUGCACAGGAGUCUUCAUCCGAGUCAGAGAGCAUUGGAUCCCCAGUGGAGUCCUUCAGCGUGUUCCUCACCCCAAACCCAAGGCAUUCGCAGUCGCCCAGCUUGGAGCUGGACCUGGAGGCCACAGAUGGGGUUUGUCAGCCUGGAGCGGGAGGAGCAACAGAGGAGGCCGGGCUUAGAGGACGAAGGUUUGCAGUGGAGGAAUCCGCAGAAGCGAGGCCUUACCCAGCCAGCCCUGGUUCUUUUCCGGCUGCUGGCAGCUGUCUCUCAGACUUGGCUGAGCUGUCCAGCAUCACGUGUUCACCUGGGCAGCAGCAGGAGCGGGCAUGCCAGGCCCUGGGGUCCCCCGCUGUCAGCCGACGCCACUCGCUUUGCUACAGCACCCCCCGCAGCCCAGUGCAAAGCCCUAGAUCCAGGGCGGCCGGCAGCCGCGGUGACCCACCUCCACACCUGGAGAGGCCGCUUAACGCCACCUCCUGGACCGGCCCCCCCACCAUGGACACCUUCGCUACUGCCAGCACUUCCACAGUGGCUAGUGACAUACCCAGCAUGCAGCAGUCCCCCCCACAGACUGACACCAUCUCAUCCCAUGUGGGCGAGAGUGGGACCACAUGGGUGUCAGAGAGCCAAGAUAAUAAUGAGCCUGGGACAGGCCCAGAGCAUGACGACCAAGUGAAGGCGGGCGAUCCGGAAAGUUCUCCCUCCAGUGAUACCACCUCACCCAGCUUGAGCUCCACCCCCGAGAAGGUGCUGGACACUUCAGUGGACCUUGCUAAAGGUGACCACUCUGCCGCUGCUCACACCACCCUCAAGGAGAGUGGGUCUGCACACAGCAGCCAGGGAACAUGCUGCCCCACAGGAGAUCACAGUUUGCUGGAAGACACAGUCCAACGGGUGCAUUCGACGUUGGACGAGAUGCUGCAUGACAUGCUGCUGGAACAGGCUGCUGGAGAGAAGGUGGCAGGAAGUGCCACUUCAGUGCUCCAGAUUGUGCCGCAACAUUAGUUACGUUGAGCUCGGAAUGUCAGAGGUGGGAUUCACAAAUAAUGUUCCAUGAUACUCAUUAAUGACUUAAAAUGAAGUUCCCUUGUAAUAUGCAGUCGAACUUGCCCACAUAAAUUUACGAAUCUUAUUUACAAUCUACCCGUCCUUUCAUCUUAGCGGCUUUCCCUGGUGAGAAUUGCACUACUUGACAUAAUACGUAAAGAUGAAAGAUGUCAUAUUACUAUUCAAAUGUUUAUUGUAAAAAAUAUAUGAACUUGGCCAUGGAAGUCACGCGCAGCUGAUUGAUGCACUGAAGUUUUGGCUCAUGUUUCGUGCAUCAGAACUAUCUGCAUUUGAGUCCGACAGGGAAGGGGUAGGGAAGGAAAAGAACAACAUGGAGUCUAGGAAGACGUCACAGUCUGGUGACGCUGUACCUUCAGUACCCGGGACCACAAGUCCUGGGAAAACAGCAUCCACACCAUGACGAAUACAGAUGUGUUGAAGAAGAACAAGGCUGAGAAGAUGAACAUGGAGAGAAGCUGGAGGCCAGAGGGAUCUGAAGACGACCUCAGUGGUCCUUACCAUACGACCUUACCAGUGGUCCUUGUGAAUGGUUCUUUAUAGCAUGACAUUAUAUUUGUAACCAUUCACAGCAAAGACACUAAUCCCAAUUUUUCCAAAGUAUUUUCUUGAAAAUGACAUGUGCAUUGUAAUAAUAGAAAAAAAUCCAUAUGGUGUAACUUACAGGCAGUGACUGUCCUGGGUGAGAUUCCCGCAAAAAGUCAAAGUGGUCCAAAGCAAGCACUGCUCAAAUGAACCCAUUCCCAGCAGGGUACAAGAAAACAACCACCUUCAGUAUUAUCAUCACUCCUUGUUUGUGUUUAGACUUUAAAUCGGUGUUAAUGUUUGUAUUCUCUCAUUGCAGUUUCAUUGUUAUUGAAUUGUUUGCUCUUACAUCAUGCCGUUGCUCCUUAUCAUAGCUUGAGUUCCUUGUACUUUACAGUGUAACGUAAUGCAGCAUUGCAUAUUUAUAAGCAGUACAUUUCAUUGGGUGUCCGAAGAAACCUUUUGGACACAAGUUGAAGGACUGUGAUUUUUUUGUGAUGCUGUGCGUGUAGUUUGAGAGUUUUGUUUAGUUUACUGCUCACUGACUUUCUCAGAAUUUCUCUUCAUAUUGUUGUAUUUAAAUGAGAUGUGAGCUGUUCUCCAUUUAAAUGUCAACACAACUUUUUUCCAAAUAAACACCUUAACACCCAUUGUGUUUUUCCGUGUUGUUCAUAGGCUAUUUCAUUUUUUAAGCAAUUGCUCUUCCUAUUUUAAGCCACUUAACCUUUUUAACUUAGCGUGGAUAUACACAAACUCUGAGAAAACAUGGUUGUGACAACAUGACGUGUAGUUAUACAGUGUUUGGUUAAAAUGCUUUUAAAGGUGUUGAAAUAAAUG